AUGCUGACUACAGAAAUCGGGAUGAAUCAUACAUUUAGAGUACUGAUGGGUUUGCUUUCUUCUUGUCCAGUUCUACAAUCUAUUUGCUUCUCUGAGGGACUCAUGUACCUUGGUGAGAACAAUUUAAUCUGGUCAUCAAUACCUAUAUGCAUGUCGAAUUGCCUAAAGACAGUGUCCAUGAAGAACUUUCAUGGUUAUAAUUCAGAAAUAUGUUUACUAAAACAUGUUUUGAAGACUGCACGUGUAUUGGAGAGGAUGGAUAUUAGGUGGUCUGAGACUUAUCUACGAGAUUUGAAGAGGAAAACAAAGGCGAGGAAGGAAUUGGAAAAGAUUGUAAGGAGCUCUCCUGCUUGUGUCAUCAAGUUCUCGUGA